AUGGAGGAGACCCUGGAGCAGCUGCAGUCGCGCCACAGGAAGGAGCAGCGGGACCUCCAGUCGCGCGUCACGAGCAAGAAGAAGAACGCGACCAAGAAGACGAGGAAGGGCGUCAACGACGAGUGCGCCGAGCUGGAGCGCCUGCUCAAGCAGAGGCAGCGAGACGAGCUGCUGCUGCUCCGGAGUCUGGACGACGGCGAAUCGGCGCCCCCGGACGCGGACGCCGCCGCCGAAGACGACAAGGACGAGGACGAGCCGGACGACGCCCCCGCCGACGGCAUCGCCGACGCACUGCGCUCCACAACGCUGACUGACCCGGCAACCCCCAGCAGGACGGAACCCUCGUCCCCCACAUCCCCGACCGCCUCCCAGCAGGCGCAGCCCCAUAAGAAGCGCAACCGCCAAAAGGAGCGCCUCGCCCGCCGGGCGGCCGAGGCCGAGGCCGCCGCCGCCGCCGCGUCGGCCGAGGCGGCGGGCAUGGAGGACCGGCGCGGCAACGAGGGCGCGCACAUGCGCGGCGAGUUCCGGCGCAUGGGCCUGUCGGAGCGCGAGGUGCUGCCCGACGGCCACUGCCUGUUCUCGGCGGUGGCGGACCAGCUGGGGCAGGUCGGGGUCGCGCUCUCGUCGUCGGCGGCGGCGGCCGGAGCCGGAGCCGGGGCGGGGGAGGAUGGGCAGAAGGAGCAGCCUUACAGGGUCGUGCGCCGGGCCGCGGCGGCGUAUAUGGAGGCGCAUGCGGAUGACUUUGCUGGGUUUGUGGAGGGGGAGGGGCUGAGGAGCUAUGUGGAGAAGAUUAGGGAUACGGCUGAGUGGGGUGGGCAGCUGGAGCUCGUGGCGUUGGCGGGCGCGUAUGGGGUCGACAUACAUGUUGUGCAGGACGGGAGCACCGAGGUCAUCACCCCGAAUGGGGCGGAUGGGGAGGGGGAGGGGGAGAGGAAGAAGAUUUGGCUGGCUUACUAUCGCCAUGGCUACGGCCUGGGGGAGCACUACAACUCUCUGCGGAAGACGGCACCGGCGACGUGAGGAAGAGUGUGUUUGAUUUAGCGGGAGGAGCAGGACUUGGACUGGGCCAAUUCUGCUAUUCUAUUAUUACUAUUAUUACUUGGCUUUCCGCGUGU